AUCGAACUAAGCAAAAUAUUCAACCUCCAGUCGUCUGUUUACUGAGUAGACUUCACAAAUAGAAGUUGUCUUAAUGUUAAAAAGGCUACGCGUUAACUGGGAGUCCGUUUCAUUGCUUUAUUUGUCGGUAGCACGUUUGAUGUUGUUGCUAUGGUGAUGGUGGCACAUAACAGCGAGGAUAAAGGAAGACGACCCACCUUCUCUUAAACAACAAACAACAGUCAUUAACAUUAUCCAUUUAAUAACAAAAUUCACACAUGGAGGAGCGCUUUGCUUUUCUGGCUGAGUGGUACGACCCCAGUGCGGCUCUCCUGCGGCGAUACCAGCUGCUCUACUACCCUAAAGAUGGCUCGGUGGAGAUGUUUGAUAUGAAGAACCAGCGGACCUUCCUGCGGAGGACCAAGUUGGAGGAGCUUCAACCAGAAGAUCUGUUUGUUGGAAACCGAGUGAACAUCUUUUCACGUCAGCUGAACCUCAUAAGUUAUGGGGAUCAGUACACAGCCAACAAGCUGGGCAGUAAGAAGGAAAGGUAUUU